AACCUCCCGCAGGCGAGGCGAGGCGGGGCGGAGCGCGGGAGGCCAGUUGGGAGGCGCACAUCCGGCGGUUACCCGGUGCUUCAUAAAGCCGCUCUCGCCGCUGGCUGUCGCCGCGUUUUGCCUCCGCAGCAGCUCUGGGCUCUUCUCAGCUGCGGGAGCAGCUACUCCAAUGCCCCGGAGUGGCCAUGGGCGCCCCGCACUGGUGGGACCAGCUGCAGGCUGGCAGCUCGGAGGUGGACUGGUGCGAGGACAACUACACCAUCGUGCCUGCUAUCGCCGAGUUCUACAACACGAUCAGCAAUGUCUUAUUUUUCAUUUUACCACCCAUCUGCAUGUGCUUGUUUCGUCAGUAUGCAACAUGCUUCAACAGUGGCAUCUACUUAAUCUGGACUCUUUUGGUUGUAGUGGGAAUUGGAUCCGUCUACUUCCAUGCAACCCUUAGUUUCUUGGGUCAGAUGCUUGAUGAACUUGCAGUCCUUUGGGUUCUGAUGUGUGCUUUGGCCAUGUGGUUCCCCAGAAGGUAUCUACCAAAGAUCUUUCGGAAUGACCGGGGUAGGUUCAAGGUGGUGGUCAGUGUCCUGUCUGCGGUUACGACGUGCCUGGCAUUUGUCAAGCCUGCCAUCAACAACAUCUCUCUGAUGACCCUGGGAGUUCCUUGCACUGCACUGCUCAUUGCAGAGCUGAAGAGGUGUGACAACAUGCGUGUGUUUAAGCUGGGCCUCUUCUCAGGCCUCUGGUGGACCCUGGCCCUGUUCUGCUGGAUCAGUGACCGAGCUUUCUGUGAGCUGCUGUCAUCCUUCAACUUCCCCUACCUGCACUGCAUGUGGCACAUCCUCAUCUGCCUUGCUGCCUACCUGGGCUGUGUAUGCUUUGCCUACUUCGAUGCUGCCUCAGAGAUUCCUGAGCAAGGCCCUGUCAUCAAGUUCUGGCCCAAUGAGAAAUGGGCCUUCAUUGGUGUCCCCUAUGUGUCCCUCCUGUGUGCCAACAAGAAAUCAUCAGUCAAGAUCACGUGAUGGCAAGUUGGUGGCUGGCUUCUCUGCUUAUCGCCCUUCAUGCAGUGGGCUUCCUUUGCUAGGAAGACAGCCAAGGGAGUUCGAAUAGUUGGGGAGUGGGCUAUCUUUUCAAAAAUCUAUUUGCUGGGGCUCUUAAUUUCUUUAGUGUUCUUUGUAUGUAGGGAUUUAAACUUUGUCAUAUGGUACAAAUAUUCCCUGCCCCCCUGCAGUUUCCCAUUUGUCUUUCAGUAUGUUAAUAUUUUUGUGCCAUACUGGUUUUAAACUUUCAUGUUGUCACAUCUGUUAAUCUUUUCUUUAGGAUUUCUGGAUUUUCUGUAAUUUUUAAAAAGAUCCCCUCCUCCUCCCUAAUGUGUCUGUGGACCACCUGGAUUCCACUGUGCAAGGGGAAAAGUGUCUAUUCCUUUCCCAAAGACGGAAAAUGGAGGGCUUAGGGACACUAGAUGCAUCUUUCUCAGCAUCACUUCCAGAUGCAGUGACUUGUUGGGCUGCGUCCUUAAUGGCCAUGGCAGAGCAGUCCCUUGGGGGAUCCAGCCCUGUACAAUGCAUCUCUUCCUGGAGAAAGCUGGCCUGCUCCAGACCCCACCAUUCCCAGGCGCCCUUGGAGUGGACUCUACUGAUGACAGACAGACCCUCUGAGAGACAAGACCCUCUGACUCUGCGAUGGAAGAUGCCAGAGAUUUUCCUUUGGGGUAAUUGUCCUUAAACAAAACCAAACAGAUGAAACACACACAGGACUUGUGGCUAAAAAGGCUAGUUUUUCACUUGCAUUUCUCAACUAACCCAGGUUUUACAUGCAUCUGUGAAUGCUUUUACUACUACCUCUGUGGAGAGAUGGAGAGACUUCAGAUAAACGUGACGCUAAUGAGUAAAACCCUCUCUGCCAAAACCUACACUCCACUUUAGGCCAUUCUUGAAGAUGAGCACAAUUUUUAAAUACUGACAUCACUUCCGCUUCCCCCUCCCACCCCAGCUCAGCAGCCUCAAAUCUACAGAGAAGAAGAAUUAUGGCAUGAACAUUCCCACAGACCCACCAUCUUUAAGACUUGACCUCCGUAAGUUUACCAAAGGGCUCCUCACAAUUGUGGUGGGGGUUCUGGUUCAAAAUUUGGAGCAAACAUGCAGUUUUUGGAAACUUUUUCUCAUUUGAAGCCUCCAGUAUGCUGUACUAUUCUGGAAAUUACCUUCAAGAGUCUCACUUCUUGUUUCUGUUGUGUUUUCUGUGGGCAUCAUGCUCUUCACGCUUGCAGUAGAAGGUGCUUUCUGGGUUUCCCAGAGUAUCCAACGGCUCACUUUUCUCAAGUGCUGGCAGUAGCUAUGCACUCACGGGCUGGUUUGGGUCGCUGGUGCAGCAGCGCAAAUCUGUUGCCUUCUGAAUUUUUCUCACCUGAUGUGACACUGGCUACAAUGAAUCUUCUCUUCAUCGGGCUGAAUGAAAGAUUCAAGAACCGUCUUCAAGUUGCAUGGUGGGAAUUAUCAACCUCAGGGAUACUCAUUUUAACUCAGGCGUGUCCUGCUUUGUAACAUUCCACUGUUGGGAGAGGGCAGGACAGGUGUGUUCUUGUGUGGGCAGGAGUCAUGUCACUGUCCUACAUAUGUAAGAGUUGGGAAGGUGACGAUUUUUGACACAUCCAGGAACUCUUACUCUAGUUAGAAUUUGUACAAGAUCCAAGGUGAAAACCCCAAUAAGCAACUGAAUUUAGAGUUUAAAAAUGAAUGACUUUAUGCGACAUCUGUGGUUAUCAAAUUAUAUAGGUUGUUCAGAAGCAGAACGCUGUUUGUAGUAAGAAAUCUUUGUGGAACCCCAGUGUGUGAAGUAAAUUGUAUUUUAUUAACUUAAAUUUAUUUAAGGUUAAAUUUAUGGCAUUUACUUAAUAAUAUAUGAGGUGGUGAAAAUGCAAAUUAACAAAUUGGUAGUUUCCAAGGUAGAAAAAUUAGGUGUUGAAUGAAUGUAUAUGUUGCUUUAUUAUAGUUUUAUAUAUAUAUAUAGAGAGAGUGUUUUGUAUUUGAGUCAGGGUCUUGCUGUAUUACCCAGGCUGGAGUGCAGUGGUGCAAUCAUGACUCACUGUAGCCUCUGUCUCCCAGGCUCAAGCGAUCCUCUCACCUCAGCCUCCCCAGGAGCUGGGAGUACUGGUGCGUACCUCCACUCCCAGCUAGUUUUUGUAUUUUUUCAUAGAGAUGGGGUUUCACCAUUUUGCCCAGGCUGGUCUCAAACUUCUGGGCUCAAGAGAUUCGCCCGCCUCGGCCUCCCAAAGUGCUGGGAAUAGGCAUGAGCUGUCACGCCUGGCCUAAAAAAUAUUUUUAAAAUGAUCUUUGAAUUAAAUAUUCGUAGAAUUUCUAAUGUACCUCUUUGAGACCUAGGUGGUUGAUGGAACAGAACUGCUGUUAAGUCCUUUGGGUUUCAAGUCUAGAAUUCUUUAAAGGCAAAUAUCAGCUCAUUCUUAUUUUAGAUUGACCUUAUCAGGCAUGGAUUCUGGUCUCAGCUACUUUAUGGUAUAAAUGCUCCAAGGUAGGGGGUUUGGUAUAUAUUUUAAGCCCAGGUUUUUUUUUUUUUUUUUUUUUUUUGUGAGAAGCAGAAUGUGCUUCUAGAAACUGGUUUUAAAGAGAUGAGCUGAGAAAGAAAUGUGGAAUGGAGUAUAUUUGAGGAGGACAAAACAUAACUUCACUUUUGAACAGAAAUCACUCUAGCUUGCCAGCAUGGGAUGUAAACCAAGAGAGUAGAAAUAUACCCAUCUUAUUUUAAGUUGGGUUUAUGGCAUCACUCAUUUAUGUAAAAGCACUACAAACUCUUUAAAGAAAAUUGGGAAACUACAGAGAAGUCAAAGAAAAAAAAAAGUAACCCAUAUUUCUAUUGCCCAGGUAUAAUCCUUGUUAAUAUUUUGGUUUGGUCUCCUCUGUUUUCCCCCAGUAUAGUUGUAAAUAAAUGAUGUCUUUCAGAGUUGACAUUUAUCCUGUAGCUUGAAUGGCAUAUAAAUGCCAGUUGUAUAUUUUUUCAUGAAGUGUAGGUUUGGAAUACACUAGAGUUAGCUAUAUGCUUAAAUGCUGAUCACUGGAUUCUGAGACUGACUACUGAGUCUACCUUUUUAAUCAAGCCUAACAUGAAUGGGCUCCAAAAAGUAAUGAAUGUAAUUCUACUUUUUGAUGUGCCUCUGCACUUGGCUUGGUGAGUCAUUAUAAAUAGCUGUUAAAUAUGUGACUUUACAGAUUUUGAUAUGUUCAGAUUGUAAAAAAUGAAUAGCUUAUUUCAUUAAUUGAUGGGCAGUCAAGAAUCUCCCUCCCUUCAGUAGGGCUGACACUUAGGAGUUAGGUCAUGGUUGUGGUUACUUGGCAUGGCUAAUCAGAUUUUGUUCUGGUCAGAAUUUGCCCAAGAUCAAUACCCAGCAGAAACUGGAGUUAGGCUAUAAAAAACCAUUCAUGUUUCCGAGUGAUCAUUUCAGUCAGCGAUUCAUGUUUUACAGUGUUUAGUUGUUGAUUAUUAGAAAAAGUAAUAUUUUCUUCCCUUUAUGAUUACAUCAUUAUAAAUCAAGUCCUUCCGUGAACACAUUUAAGGUGUGUGGAGAUGAGAUGUCUGAAUCCAUUUGGGGACGGGCUGCAUUUUUGGGGAACUCUAUGCCUGUCCAGUGAAGAGUGCCUAAAACAUUAAUUAUAGAUCAAAGAUGUUCUGUUGAGGGACAAAGCUUGAUGGUCAUCAAACACAAGGCUUUGUAAAAAUAUGACCACCUAUUCCACUUAGCGGAUCUCUCAGGUGUGUAAAACUUCUCUCGCCAGUUCAUCAUGCUUCCAUGAGCCCUCAGGACUGGGAUUUGAGCCUUCCUGGCUCUUUAUCCCUUGGGGCAGACAUGGAACCAUCUCUGAGGGACCAGGUGGAUGCUGAAGCUCACCCAGUCAGGGCCCCUCUCCUAGCUCCUUUUACACUGAAAUUAAUCUGAAAGCUUUCAUAGCCAAGGCUUUGCCUAGGUGCUAUUAUUCCAGCUGGCCAAAGAGAAGUCUUGGGCCAGAUUGGGAUUCUCAAUGGAUUUUAUAGACAUAAUUCCCCUGCAAACUUAAAAAAAUAAAUGACCCCUACUUUAUAGGACUAAUUGUUUGAAUUGUAUCUUUCUCUGUAUGUUAAACCAGAUUUAAAACUAUUUUAUAACCACAAUAUGUAAUCAGAGCAAUAUAGUGCUUUAAGAUAUAUACCUUGUUUUAUACCUUAUGUAGGUGUCCUAUAUUAAGGCCUUUUGAAGUGGAGCUUUUGCACUUUAUACUUUUUCUGUGAACUAUGAUAACUAUAUUUGAUAUUAAAGCUGUAAGUGGCAUUUUCAGCAAAUGAAUAUGUACAUGUUUGUGUCUAUUUCCAAAAUGAUUUCUGAACUAUCUGCAGUGAAAAUGUAUCUGAUGGAUUGUAGAGCAAAGCACAUUGCCUAAAUUCAUUUGUUAAUGAAUUGGGUACCAUUGUUAUUAAAAAUGCGUAAAGUAA